AUGAAGCUCCUGACCAGUAUCCUCACUCUCACAGCCCUCGCUGGCGUAUCCGCCGUGCCCAUGUCCAACAGCGCCGCCACAAACACCGUCACCAGUGGCGAAUUCACCUACAACGGCGAAGGAGUCGUACCGGUGGCAUUACCCCACCCCAUGCGGAUUGUGAUCCUGGGAAAUGCCAAUGCCAGGGGAACUAUGGCUGCUGGUCUUGCAAAGGUGGACGCAUGCAGUGCCAGCCGGGACCUGGCUCUGGGACUUGCUGGACUUGAUUUAGGGAUUGCAUCUCGCUAG